GCCGGGCCGCAGUGCGCAGAGGACGCGGCGCCGCCAUGUACCGGCUCGUGGGCUCCUGCCUGGCCCGAGGCCUGCGCGCGGCGGGCCGGCGCGCCCGGGGCCGCCCGGCGUGUCUGCUGCCGCGGCCGGCGGGGGGCCGGCCGCCCGGGCUGGACGUGCCGCCGGGUCGAGGCGCGCCGGGCGGCCGGGGCCGGGACCUGCUGCCACUGCUGGCAGCGCUCGCCUGGUUCUCGAGGCCUGCCGAGGCGGAGGAGGCGCGGGAGCGGCGGGGAGCCGGCGGGGACGCGGCCGAGGACGUGGCGGCCGAGGCGGAGGCCGAGAUUGUGCAGCUGCUGAAGCGAGCCAAGUUGAGCAUCAUGAAAGAUGAGCUGGAAGAGGCAGAGCUGCUUCUGCACGACGCUCUUCGCCUUGCCUUUAAGAGCGACAACAAGAAGGCCGUCACCUACACUUAUGACUUGAUGGCCAACCUAGCAUUUAUACGGGGUCAACUUGAAAAUGCGGAAAAGCUUUUUAAAGCAACCAUGAGUUACCUGCUCGGAGGGGGCAUGCAGCAGGAAGACAAUGUGAUCAUUGAAAUCUCCCUAAAGCUGGCCAGUAUUUACGCUGCUCAGAAUAGACAGGACUUGGCUCUUGCUGGCUAUGAAUUCUGCAUUUCAACUCUAGAGGAAAAAAUUGGAAGGGAAAAGGAAUCAGCAGAAGACGUCUUGUCAGUGGAAGAGAAGGCCGACACCCAGCUCCUCCUCGGCAUGUGCUUAGACGCCUGCGCGCGCUACCUGCUGCUCUCCGAGCGGCCGUCGCGGGCACAGAGGAUGUACGAGAGAGCCCUGCAGAUUUCUGAAGAAAUCCUAGGAGAAAGACACCCGCAGACCAUUGUGCUGAUGAGUGACCUGGCGACCACCCUGGAUGCGCAGGGCCGCUUUGACGAGGCCUGUGUUCACGCACAGAGGGCGUCGGAUCUGGCGAGGCAGAUGGAGCAUCCUGAGCUUCAUGUGCUGCUCAGUAAUCUGGCUGCAGUCCUCAUGCACAGAGAACAAUACGCACAAGCAAGAGAGCUCUACCAGGAAGCCCUGAAGCGAGCAGAGCUGCGGAGAGAUGAGCUUUCCGCCCAGCACAUCAGGGAGGAGCUGGCCGAGCUGGCGAGGAAGAGCAGGCGUCUGCCGUAGUCUCCGCAGGCCCCAGGCCGCCCCCGUGGUAACAGCUGGGACUCCAGGCUCCGGGCGCCCAGAUCAGCGGCUUCAGUCCUUGGUCCUUGACACUCAGGUUCCCUCAGCGUGGUCCUGGGGAGGACGAGCUGUGCGCACUGCUACUCUUGUUUUUUAGAGAAAACUUUGACCCCCAACUGGUUUUGCUUCUAAGGGUGGGUGUCAGUUGGUGCUUGCAGUUGGGGCCCGCGGUUGGUGGGGUGCUGGCCCGCCUGACUGCAGGCGAAGGGGGCGGGUCAGCCAGGCAUCUCGCUGGAGGUUCAGUCCAUUGAUUGGCUGCCAUCUCUUCUCUGACGUUAUCAAUACCUGGCAGACCAGCGCUCCCUGCCUCGUGCCCAGGGGGACUAUGGUGAGUUACCUUGUCUUCUAGUCUGUCUCGUGAAGCCCAGGGUGGGGUUUGAUGCAGAAAGGAGGGCAGAUGGUAUCUUGGCUUGCUGCCAGAGUGAGGUUUUAAAGUGGGAAUUAGCACUUGAAAGUGUAGCGCCUGUUUGAUUUUAUAAAUGAGUCAGCCAUCGGUUUCUGUGAAGGUCUGGGUAUAUACAACCGUGAGAUGAGAGCCUCCUGCUGCCCGUCUCUGAGCACCCGCUUCUCCACCCCUCGGCCACAUGCCGUCUUCGGAGUGUGCUGCCCGGGCUGCACCCCAAACCUCUGUCUCAGACUGGAGCCCUCGGGCUGUGAGCCCCACCCCCCACCCAUAAUCCCGACACGCGGUCCCCUGACCUGGGCCAGGCCCUGGCUGUCUGGGUUCAGGUCUCAGUGUCCUCCUGUGUGAAGGAAGGAGCAGGUGUGAUCCUCUCUCGGCCGUGGGGGGUGGAUCUGGCUGACGGCCUGAAGUAGACAGGCUGCUGUGCGGAGAGGCCUUUAGCCCACUGCCUCAGAGGAUGUGCGGUGUAGAAACGCAGGUGCAUAGACGUCUUCACCCCAGUAGGUUUGUGGCCCCCCUGGGUACCACGAAGGGGCGCUGUUACUGCUUGGAUGCCGGUGGGGGUGUGAGUGGGAGGGAGAAGCUGGUAUUCCUGGUUCCUGUGUACAUACUGGAAGAAUCUUUUUAUAAUAAACUGGAGACUCCACAGCCAUACUGGACGUAUUCCAUCUUUGAGUUUUUCAUGAAAAAUAAGUAAAAAUAAAAUACAGGGAUUAGAUUAAAACCAGUCUCUUACAUUUUGCAGAUGUAGUUUCUUCCCGCUUUGCCUGACCCAGCUAAGUCCUUCACUCGAGUCUAGGAGAGAAGCUGUAGCUCAGACUGAGUUUCAGGAGAGCCCAGUCUUAAUUUAUUGGUGAUUUAAAAAAAUUGUCAACUACUCACCUUCUGCGUUGAGGAUGUUUUUUGCCGUUUUGCAACUGUAGGAGUUACUGAGAGUGAGGUGUUUUUUUUUCACUCCAGGUUUUAUUGAAUUUUUGGCUCACGGUCCCAGGGCUGGAAGAACUGUAGGUGUUUUCAGAAAGACAGCUGCUGCGCGUGGCGCUCGCUGCACUGCUGUACGGGCAGCAGGACGAGGACUGACCCUGUACUGACUGGUCUGAAUUCAGAGGUGGAUUGUGAAAAGUAGUGUACAUUUUUGAACUAUUUCACUAGAGCUUUCAGGGCGUAAAUGUUUUAAGAUAGGAUCCCCCAGCAUACCAAAGCUCAGGCAUUAUGAAUCUUCUCAUAAACGUGCGCUGGAAAUUGGCUGUCAGGACGCUUCUGUGCACGGUGUGGGGAAGACGUUAACUUAGUUCCGGGCGCUAAAAAAAAAGACCCACUGGUGAGGCUGUAGCUUCAGGACACAGCCUGCAGAGUCACGCCCCAGGUCACAGCUGACCUAGCCAGGCCCUCGUCGCGCUCGGCGCCGUGCAGGGCGUUUCGGGCCUCCACGACCAGAUGGCCUGCUCCCCAGAUGCACCAGGUGAGCGUUCUGUUCUGCCGUCGUCCGCAACUGAAACGUGACAGUGGAUUUCUCUCCCCCUUCUGGGAUCUCCUCUGGGUGACAGCAGUGAAGGCAGACAUACUGAUGAUGAGGGGUGAGUAGCUCACAGCUGCUCCCUUUCCCUUUGGGGUCCUCGAGUGGAGCUGCUCAGGGGGCAUGACUGUGACACUAGUCAUAGAAAAACAGCAUCUCUUUGGGACAGCUGACAAUGUAAAUUAUUAAAAUCUGUAACAGUACCAGUAUCUAAAAUAAAUUCAACAGAAAACUUAAGUUACUGUUUUUAGUUCACAUUAAAACGUUAUGUGUGUGUAUAUGUAUUUGUCAUACCAGCUUUCCAGGUGGCAGGCUUCUGGUGGCUGCACCUGAUCUGAAGCUUACUUUGAGGACCUUGAGCACAGGAGAGUGCAGCAGAGUGACAGGAGCGAGGGGCCUGCGCGUGAAACGGGUGUGGGCUUACGGCCCUGUCUUAGGUGCUCAUUUAGCUACGUGGGCAAAGUCCUGAGCCUGCAUCCUCACCUGCAAACCGGGACGAGGGGUCUCCUCACGCCAGAGGCGGUGCUGUGUUGGUGGAGGCUUGCGUGCACUUGUUUAAAAGCUUAAGGGUCUGUAAAGUGCCCUGGAGACCUCCACCCCUGCAAAGCAGGAGCAUCCGUACGCUACAGGAGGAGGCUCCAAUGCUGUGCCUAAGUUGUAUGGAAAAAAUUUAAAUUCAGUAAGCAGUUACUAAUGAAGGGUGACUGAUCCUCUAAUACUGUAAUUAGUUUAAAAUUCAUUGUUUUAAACUAUUUGAAAACAUUUGACAAGAAACUCUUGCCCACAAGGAAUCAACAUGAGAGUGAACGCUGGCUGGCGCCGUGGCGGGGAAGGACCAGGAGCCCGCAGGACACGCACAAAGCCGACCUACGACACCGAGACUCUAGGCGGACUGCAGUCUUCCAGCUCCACUGAUACUGUACGCCCAACUGGAGAAAAGCUCUCCUGACACGUCUCUGGGCACGAGUCCUAGGAGGGCAGGCUUCCGACCCGCAGCGUGAGAGGAGCCGGCCAGGAACUCGAGCUCCCUCCCCGACGCCAGCCCGCAGGAGACAGGGCAGAAGAGCAUGAAAACGAAGACUUCACCUGAGUGAGGUGACAGGUCCCCUUCCUCCCUCCGGGCCUCACCACCGGUCACAACCGGGGUGCUGGCCCCACCAGGCACGAUGCCCACGGGCUGGGACAUGACGACCCCGUGAUCCUCAACUUUGUCGUCAAAGCUCCCCAUGAGCGCCUUCCGGAUGAUGUCCUCCAGCCCGAGGUUGCUGGCGGGGUCCGCAAAGGAGUGGCCCCGGGAGCUCACCGCGCCUGCAAGAGACCAGCCGGCCUGUUCCCAAGGGCGGCUCGGGGAAACUUAAUCUCUCUCUGCUGAUCAGUCUCCCACCUGUGUCUCUUCCCCUCAGCUCCCUGGUGUCCACACUGUGCUUCAGUGGUUUUCAUUCUGUUGGUUCGUUUACCUUUUCAACAAGUAUUUUACCUCCGUUCACUUUUCACUGCUAGUGACGGAGCAGGUUCCCCCCCCCCCCCCCCGCCAGUGCUCACUUCCUGUUUGUCGGACUGACUCCUGGCAGGCAGUGUCUUGAAUCUUACCUGAGGUGGUGACUGCGGGCAGAUUAAAGAUCUCGGUUCCUGGCUGAGCAGCUGCUGUAUUUAAACAAACAUUCACGUUAACUAAGAUGUAAUAAUCACAUACAUCGAAAGAGAUAGUCUCAAAAAAAAACUUACAAUAAAAUUAACCUCAUUUUCCACCAUCUCAACUUUAUUUUUCACCCGUUAAGUGAAGAUAGAGUUUUUUUUUUUAAGGGAAAUCAACUAAUAAAAAAUCACAUGAGGUAGGGAAAUCAGAACGGGAGUGAUCCAGCCUUGGAGGGAAAGGAGCUUUGUGGUGCUGGAGAAACACCUAGGAACAAGCUGCCCUCAGAAGAGGGUCCCAGGAGGACCCUGGGAAUAUCCUGACUUGUGAUGAGAACAGGCAGAGAGAGGCCUCUGAACAGCACAAAAACGACCACGGGUCCCUGAAAACUGUUCUCAUGUUCCUGGGAGGAGACAGUCUGCCUGCUGGUUCCUUUCAUUCCUGCUAACUGUGCCAUGUGUAACCUGGGAGCUACCGAUAAAGCACUGUGCCAGGGACAGGAGGACCUGGGGGACACAACCAGUGUCCCCAGCUUGAUGCUGCGAGCUGGAAUGAGAAAGAAUACGGGAAGGAAGUGGUGGCUAAGCGGACGGUGACCAGAGCAGAGCACGCAGCUGGGGGGAGGCCCCGGGAGAGAGGCUCUGCCCUGGAGGAUGGCGUCCGUGAAGACGGCCAGGGCCGGGCGCAGAAGCAGACUCUCUGGCAGGGAAGGCCGCCAGGAGGCUCAGGAAGAACCACGCGGUGGGGACCACGGUACACGCUCCUGGAAACGCGGUAAAGAAACAACCUGAACCAGCCUUGCCGUCACCACCAAAUCGGGUGGGAUAGGAUUCACUCACUUCACAAAUACUGAGUGACAAUUAGAAUAAAAUCACCUUACUGAUCAAAAAUGGUCAGAUGAAGGCAAUUUCCCACAGCGCAGCUGGCGACGAAACUAGGGCACUGUGAACGCCCCGGCUCCCUACGUUCCCGCAGGGCUGCGACCCCCGCCCUGAGCAAGCCCUCCAGGUGACCGCCGCGCCGCGUAUGGAGGUCCCAGGGCCCUCGGUUCAAAGCAGAUGGCAGCCGUGGGGGAGAACGUGGGUUCACUCGGCGGAGGGAAGACGGGGGUUCAGAGGUUCUGGGGCUGCUGGGAAGGGGCGGUAGGAGGCGGAGGUGCCACCCGGGAGCAAGCCCAGGGACAGGGCUCCCGAGGGGCGGAGGGACCGCCAACGGAGCCACCCGCGGUCGACAGCGAGGAAGCUGUGUGCACAGCCAGGGCAAGCGCUCGUUUCUAGACUUUUAAGGAGCCAGUAAGACACUGAGGAAGAAACAAGGCCUGCGAAGGUCUCUAGGCAGAGCUUGGCAGAAAAAGCUGAACUCCAGACAGAAGUCUGGGAGUCUCCAGCACACACGCUGAGCCCCAGAGUGGAGGAGACAACAGGGAAAACGGACGUCCCAGAAAAGAGCCAGGGAGGCAGGACUGAGCUGCUCAGGAGACAGAACAGCCACAGAAGUGCGGGGGGGGGGGGGGGAGACAGGAGAAAGCAGGGCCUGGAGGGUGAGGAGAGUUUCUGUAAGAGGGACAGGGUUCACAGCCGCGGGGAUGGCGCGAAUGGAGAUGGAGGCGCUGAGAGAAGCUGCCGAGGGCCUAGAUCCCCAGGUCUGCUUCCUGGGGGGAGCCCAGCAUGCCUGGGGCCCCACGAGCCGCUGGUCCCUCAAUACCGUUCCUUAAGUGUCCUUUUCCACAAUCAGAGUUCUUGUAAUUAAAAAAAUCCCGGAUGAAACAAGUUUUGUUAGCACUUACGAAGGCAUUAAUAAGGUUUACCUCUGUUAGUCAGACCCUUGUUUCAUUCUACACUUUCAGAGAGUAGGGGACCCAACACAGCACCUGCUCAGGAAUGACUGAGCCGAUGGAAGACCGAGCUGCCUAAAGACAAUGGAGAACGUUAGGCGAGAGGAGAAAACUGUACAAGCGGCUGCUUCAGGUCAUACGUGGCACUUUUCUCGUCAAGGAGGAUUUUUUACGGCGAGACAGACCAGAGGGCGUGUACGCCCCGCACAAAAGUGAGACCUUAACAACCCCGUGCGCCUCGAUGCUUCCUCCCUGGGUUCAGAGAGAAUCUCAGUGUCACCACGUGUCUGUUGGUGAAACCGAGAAGCUGCUGGUAACAGAUGAAACCACUGAACACGAGACAGAAAAAAGUCCCGGUAAUGUUUUUAAAAAGAAGAAGAAAGGGUCUGCAAGCCUGAUGGCAGCUCAGAGCGCGCUGGUGUUUAAAAGGAGCAUCCAGCAGCCGAGAGCUGGGAUGGGGACACUGACACGUGACACUGGGCUCCUCCUUUUCCCCUGGGUCCUUCAGCCUUCGUGUGUCACCACGUGUCACAGAUCCAAACACACAUCCACACGGCGUUUUAUAGCUGGCAGACUUAGGAGUCCUUUCUGCUGCAGAAGCAAGCAGACUGUGGGACACCCAGGUCCCUGCAGGGCAUCCCGCAAAGCCUCUGGCUCCCGGACAGACCGCAGGAAGCCUGGGUGACGGGGGCGGGGAGGCAGGGGAGAGCGAGCUGAAAACAGCACAAGGAAGGGUCCAGGGAGCGCGUGCAAGUCCAGCCUCGGGAAGGGCGUGGUGCCGGAGCCCCUGGCUGUGCCCCAGCGCCGACAGCAGGACCCGGAAGGCGCGGGCUGCGCAGCUGGAAGCCCUGCGUCGGAAGCCCCACCCCACGACCCACUAGGUGAGUGACUGGCAGCUGCUGUCCUCAAACCGCCGCUCCAAGUCUCUGUUUCCUCAUCAGCAACAGAGGUAUGCGGGUCAUUGUGAGGCUAAACCUUCCGUCCAGACUUAGAACGGUGCCUGGUGCGGGGCCAGGGCCACAGAUAUGACUGCCCAUGCCAGUCUGCCCUGGACGGCGGGCUGAGAUCCAGAGAGACCCCGACAGGGUGGGGGCACCAGCGAGCACAGGCCGCCCUGGCCCUCGCCCGGAGGGGCCCACGGGAGAGCCGACACCCGGUGCUCGGGCUGCCAGAAAACCCUGCUGCGGCCUUGGACUCCCUCGCCGCGAUGAGUUUGGGAUAGAUCAUACCGCGCUACUCAGAGAGGCUACGCCAAAUAAAACGACUUCAGUGGAGAACAAGUGGGGGUAGGGGUGCCCAGAAGCAGGCCACCUGAUGAACGGCUGGUGGGUGGGGGUUUGUAGAGAGAGGCAGGCUCGAAAGGCACGCCUGGUCUUCAGGGAGCCAAGAAAGCCCGCCAGACGGACGAAGACCAGUGCGUGAACACUGCGGAGAGCCGGCCCAGCCCCACAGAGGAAGACGGUCCCGCCGAGCCAGCACUCACUCGGGGACAAGACGGGCAGCUCCGGAAGGCUGCGAGGGCUCGGCCUACCGGGAAGUCCCGUGUGCCGGGGACGUCGGGGCAGGAACUCUGCGGCCAGACGCCGAGAAGAGCCUUCAAACCGGGAGACCGCCUGGGAGGCAGCCCGGGGACAGCACCACUAAUGCGUGUUUACGGGCGGCUCACGAAAGAAGUCCCACUUACCCAUAUCAGAGUCACCUCCACCAGAGGAGUUCAACUUACGAAAAAUCUCCUGCUUCUUUGAUUUAACCAUGGGUGACGUGUUUUCAAGCUUGGUGAAGAAUGAAGGCAAAUAGCUGAUACUCCCCGGGGAGCGGGAAUCGUUCCUGUCGGAACAGGAAUGCGCGUCACCACCAUGCUGUCUGGCCAGCGCUCGCGACAGUCCCCGAGCGGCCGGGACCGCGACCCCAUCCCAUCCGCAGCUUAUGUCUGCGCUCACAGAGCUAAGGAGCAGCGUGUGACUGUAAGCCAGUCAGCGCGUCACGCAGAAGGACACGGCCAGACACUCUGGCAGCCAAGGUGGACCCUCCCAGGCGGGGGGGCGGUUCCCCAACAGAGAAGCAGCGAGCAGCGUGGGGAGGGGCCGGGGGGGCUCGGGCAGCUCCCCGGGCCCUCGCAGCCCGCGCCACAGCGUGAACGCUGGCUUUUUACGGUUGCUGCGUUAAGGGGGAGCUAUUUCACUAACAGCGUUACUUUGACUAAUAGCACAACUGUUUGCUACUUGCCUAUGAAGAAGCAAAGCACUCACACCUACGCCAUCAACAGUCAGCCCUGAACAGAGUGGCUGCCACGUAGAAAUAAAACUGCCUAUUGGUCAGAAUCGUUUCAGGCCACCUGCCCAAUGAGCUGAGUUUCAUGUCAAGGGUUUCAUAUUUCAUUGGUACCUUCCGACACUAACAUACUUGAAAAAACAAGUUUUCGCUAACGGCUCAAGACCACCCAGGGUCCAGCCAGAGCCAGACGGUAACGGAGAGCAGAGGGAAGGGCGCUCACAGCCGAACCUGGCCACGCGGACUCGUGCGUCGUGCAAACACGAAGACACAGCCCGCAUCCCAGACAGACAGAGGAGGCGGCAGGAAUGUAAGGCACGGUCCCCGUUCUCAGAAAGCUCACAAACUUGGGGGAACCCUGUAAAUGUGUAAUUACAUUUAACGUCAUCCCCUUUCCAAAACUGGUUUCUUCCUCGUUUCACUGCAGGCACCAAUACCUAUUUGGUUGCCUAUGAAUCGAACAGUAAGUGAACCACUCUCCACAAGCUGCAGGAGACACACCAACUGCCUCAAGGAGGGAGACAGACCUUGGCCUAAAGCCGGACUCUCCCUCCCGCUGCCUCCGAUCACAGCGGGGCCUGGAGUCACCCCCGAGCAGCAGUGGCGGUGCAGGAAGUGGGGUGAGUGGGCCUGGCCACACCCGGACACAGUGCUUGACUCCACGGAGGUGUGGGCAGAGCACUAGGCAGCGGGCCGGGCAGGGGCCAAAUCAAAGGUGUCUAAACCAAGCGGGACAAAGCCUGGUUCCCAGGGCAAGCAGCUUCAGGGCCAGAAACCGGUAGGAGAAAGCAUGUGAGGCAGCCCGGCCGCAGCGCCCACUCGCCGCGCAGAGCCGCUCAGGUGCCGGUUCAGCAACCACACGGACGAAGGUUUUAAAGAAAAAAAAAAGAUCUAGGACUUGAUUUCAAGAAGAAUGGUGAACAGUUACUUCCUAUAACCUACGUAAAUAGGGUAUGUUACAGGUUUUUCAUUAAAAUCCACAGCAAUAGAUCACUAGGGAAACAGACAAAAUGAGCCUCCUGAUCCACGACGUCAGCACGGGAAAGCGGGGCGCUCACCUCUGCUCGGCGGGCUCAGGCCCCCGCGGGGCCAGCAGCAGCACUCCCUCCUGCUUCUCGUGCACGGCCGGGCCCUGCGGCGGGGAGAUGGGCUCGUAGGGAUCCGAAGAGAUGUGACUCCUCUCUGGGGACUUCCCAGGCCUGAGGCUGGAACACAGAAAACAUGAGACCGCGUCCCUAGGGCCCCCCACGGCCAACCCCAAACAGAAACCAAUUAACUCAUCACUUAGUCGGCCACGUGUAUCGGAGCAAAGCCACCUCAGACACUCCCCAGCCCCUGGUAUCAAAAAAAAGGCCUGUUGCUGUGGCUUUGUCCACGCCUGCCUGCAGACUCGGGAGUCGCAUGGCAAACGCUGCCAGGGACAGGCCCAGCCCACAGAAGGUGGCCAGCCCUCCCCUGGGCCACCUACUCCAGGAAGCCCUCGAGGGUUUUCCUGCUGAUUUUGAGCGAGGACCGACCCAGGUAUUUCCCCAGUAAGUUAGGAGAUAAAGGACCUGAGGACCAAACGGAAACCUGUCAGGUGUCAGGUGACCUGCUUUUAUUACUAUCACAGUUCAGUAUAACUACACAUACUAUGUGUCAUUUGCUCCCCAGUAAGCCCCAUCCAGUUCUCAGGGGGCCAUUUUUCCUUUAGUUCUUUGGUGGUUCCCGCAAACUGACCUGAAUAAUCCAUCUCACACCUUUCUUGAUUUCUCGAACUUGAAGCCAGACCGUCAGUUCCCUCCGUGGACGAGGGAAACUGCCUGCCUUCUCCAUGUUGUUGCGUGCUUUAUUUUAACCUCUCGUUUGUCCACACGGCAUCCUCAGCCAUUUUCAUGGGAUUUCUGUUCUAGAACUCUAGGAAAGUGCCUCUGUGUUUUGUUCACAGAUUGAAAAGUCAGUUGAUGGUGUCUGAACACCACUAUUGAUUGUGUGAACAUUUUAAACUAUAAAACCAGGUAAUAUGACUAAAACCAGUGAAAGCAAUGUAGCAUUCCUCACUGAGAUGCACAGGUGCGGCGGUGCAGAAACUACAAGUGAAAAAGUCCGACGGACUUUCUUUGCAUCAGUGCCAUCGGUCGCUCAGAACCUCCGGCCUGUGCUUCGACGGCUCGGCCGCACAGCCAGCUCUCUCUCCGCCUCCGGUAACUGGGCUCUUUGUUUUUGCUGGUAAAAGACAAUGUGUUUUCAUCUCAUCCUUAAGAUCAUCCAGCUUCCUGAAAUUAUGAUGGCCGAGAUUCGCUUCAAAAUAAUCCAGUUUGAGGGUGGGGCGAAGGGGCUACAAAGAAACAGAACUGGCCCCGAGCUGAUGAGACCGGGCUGCAGCCGGGCUCUGGUGUGUUUGCAAAAUCCCACAAUAAAGUUUUAUGUUUUCUCCCUCA